AUGAAUCGACCCUCCCAUAUAGACCAGGCACAAAGCUUAGAUGAUCAGAAGGAGAAGUUUUCAUCUAAAAGCCUUUCCACAUCCCGAGUACGGCACAAGCAAAGGAAUCGGGCAAAUCCUUUACAACGCGGGAUCGAAGAAUUCUUAACGUCCCACAUCUCUUCGUCAUUUCUCAUUGAGCACAAUAUUCCCAUUUCAAAUCUAAUUUCCUCUCUGCCUAAGCGCUACACAAUAUACCCGCCACUCCUCCUUCUCCCUCAAAAUACUUUCAACUCCGACCCUCAUUGGAAGAGGUUGCUCUCCUCCUUCAAGCAGGACCAACUGAACACUUUAUAUGCCUGCAUUGCAGCGGCAUUUUCUGCCCAGGGCGUGACUCAUAUUGCAACUAACGCCCCAAUUGCACUUACGAAGGGCGAUUCUGGCGAUGAAAAUCGAAUGAGGAGUCCCACGGGUGUUACACCCUUGUAUGGCGACUUUGGACAUUUACCAGCUGAUCCAGAUACGGGAAAGGAGGAAAAUCCCAGUGCUUCGGACUUGCAAUCAGCAUUCUGGGUCCAGGUGGUGCAGAAUUCUGGAAUCAUUCAGAUUUGGGCGCCGCUCUUCUCGAUGUUUAGUCGGGGUAAUAUCAUUGAGAAAGCGCGAAUACUCGGCGCCGCGUCAACGUUUGAAGGCCUCACGGAGGCUGAGUUGGGCCAGAAACUAAAAGACAUUGCGGUGGUCGACAUGUACGCCGGAAUUGGGUAUUUCGUGUUUUCCUACUUGAAAAGAGGUGUUGGAAGAGUGUGGGCGUGGGAGCUGAAUGGCUGGUCGAUUGAGGGACUGAAAAGAGGUGCUCAGGCGAAUUGCUGGAAGAUUAAGAGUGUACGGGUGGACUCGAGCGGGAGUGUAGAGGGAUUGGAUGAGCUAAUAGAGGGAUUGAGUGACGAGGACCGGGUUGUCGCAUUCCAUGGUGAUAAUAGGUUUGCUGCGCGCAUCCUAUCGCAGGUGAAGGAGAGGCUGGAGAGAAAGGGGGCCUGGAAGAGUAUCCGCCAUGUGAAUCUUGGUCUACUGCCUACAUCUCAGGAUUCUUGGGAGGGAGCAGUCGGAUUACUAGACCAUAAAUACCAAGGUUGGGCUCAUGUUCACGAGAAUGUUGCGGUCGACGAUAUCGACGAAAAGAGUGACUAUAUUGUUCACGAGUUUGAGUCGCUUCUACAAUCAGCUAGAAAAACCCGGCCAUCAUCGAGCUCGAAUUCAGCUGUAGAGUGUCGAGCCGUGGAAAGGGUGAAAACAUACGCCCCAGGCGUCAUGCACUGUGUAUUUGAUAUUCGUGUACCGCAGGUUGUAACUAUGGGAAUCUCUAGGAUGCAAAACACUUGA